AUGUUGCGCGCUGGCUCAAAACUUCUUCGACGUGGCGUGUCAACGCCUACAACUGGAGUCGCUAGUUGCGAUCGUGUCUUCCACACGACUUCAACUGUGGCGAGCGAGUCUGCGCUUCAGCAACGUGGUGACAUCGGAGAUCUUCUUGCUGGCAAUGCUGUAGCGCGAAAUGGAGCUGAGUACGUCGUGUCUCGCCUCGACGACUUGAUGAACUGGAGUAAAAAGAGCUCCUUGUGGCCUCUAUCCUUUGGACUGGCCUGCUGCGCCGUCGAGAUGAUGCACACCGCCGGCUCCCGUUACGACUUUGAGCGUAUGGGUCUGCUCUUCCGUGCGUCGCCUCGAUGCACCGACGUCAUGAUCGUCGCUGGCACCGUCACCAACAAGAUGGCGCCUGCCCUCCGUCGCAUUUACGACCAAAUGCCCGAGCCAAAGUUCGUCAUCUCGAUGGGAAGCUGCGCGAACGGUGGCGGUUACUACCACUACUCAUACUCCGUGGUGCGAGGUGUGAAUCGCAUCAUCCCGGUGGACAUCUACGUGCCAGGGUGUCCUCCGACUGCCGAAGCCCUGCUGUUCGGUGUCAUGCAGCUCCAGAAGAAACUUAAGGGCAACAAGUCGCUCUUGCUUAAGCUGCGCAAGUGA